CACUGUUUUUCUUCAAACUCAAGUGCAAGAUGUCUGGCCGAGGAAAGAAAGCUGCACCCAAACCGAAAUCUUCUGUGUCUCGCUCUUCCAGAGCAGGUAUUACUUUUCCAGUGGGCCGCAUUCACAGGCUGCUUAGGAAAGGCAACUAUGCUGACCGGGUUGGUGUUGGUGCUUCAGUGUAUCUGUCAUCUGUCCUGGAGUAUCUCUGUGCUGAAAUUCUGGAGCUGGCAGGAAAUGCUAGCCGUGACAACAAGAAGUCACGUAUCGCUCCCCGACACAUUUUGUUGGCAGUGAAAAAUGAUGAAGAGCUCAAUAAGCUGCUGACAGGGGUCAUAAUCUCAGAUGGUGGUGUGAUCCCAAAUAUCCAGGCGAGCCUUCUCCCCAAGAGGACCAAAGCACAAAAGGAUGACAACUCUGCUAAAGACGUGCAGUCACAAGAGUUUUAAUUAUGACUGGUACC